GCUCAACGUGACGCGAGACGGUCAAAAAAGGAAUUGAAACCCCAAAAUCUCGCGGUGGUAAAAAUAUUUUUGAAAUUCUCGCAGUCGUCGUCCUCCUCGUUGGGACACCUAUAUUAAGGACGGGAGCUCGGCAGCCAUUCCCCCAAUUCAUUCAUUCGUGGGGGCCUUUCACAGAGGAAGAAAAAAAAAAAAGGGGGAAAAAAAGCCAUUGCAGCUUCCAGCGAUUCUGAAAUCCAUUUUCUUUCCCUGAUUCAAAACAAAAAAUAAAGAAAGAUGGCGUUCAAGAAAACCCUAGCUGAGCGCCUCUUCAAAAUCUCCAGAAUCUCGGCCACCCAGUCGCUCACCAACUGCCGGAUCUCGUCCUCCGCCACUGUCCGCAGCCGGAUACCGCAGAGCAAGCCCGGCAUUGCUCCCGAUCCCGGAGACAAUACCGGAUUCCGCCGCUUGUUCCACCGCAGGGCCGCGGCGACGGCGGAGGGUCCGUCGGCGAAGCCGUUCCAGGUCGGCGCGGGGGUCGGCCUGAUGGAGAAGCUCAGGGCGUUCGACAUUGUCCGAGACCGGGUCCGAUUGGACGGGCUCGUCCCUCCUCCGCCGGUGGUUGAGGAGUCGGAAUCGGAGUCGCCGGCGAAGACCACGACGGCGGCGGACGGGCUGACGGUCGAUGACGCGAGAAAGCUGCUGCGUGUGGCGCGAUUGGAGAUGGUCAAAUCGAAGCUGAGAGACACGGGAAGGAACUGGAUGCCGCGAUCGGAAUUCGUUCGGAUCUGCGGUGAAGUUUGUUCGGAUCCGGAUGAGGCGAGCCGGGUCGCCCGGACGCUGGACGAGUCCGGAACCGUUAUCGUCUUGGGAGAUGCAGUGUUCCUAAAACCGAAACAGGUAGUGAAAGCCAUUGGAGGCCUAAUCCCAUUCCCAGCAACAGACCCAAACGACCCGAGGAAGAAGGAGAUGGACAGCUUGGAGCAGCGGAAAGCCCUGAUCGACCAAAAGGCGAUUGCCCAAGUCAGGCGAGAGCUCUGGGGCGGCCUGGGAUACCUAGUGAUCCAGACCGCCGCCUUCAUGAGGCUGACAUUCUGGGAGCUCUCUUGGGACGUCAUGGAGCCCAUCUGCUUCUAUGUCACAUCAGUGUACGUCAUGGCUGGCUACGCGUUCUUCCUCAGGACCUCGAGGGAGCCCACGUUCGAAGGGUUCUUCCAGAGCCGGUUCCUCGCAAAGCAGAGGAAGCUGAUGAAGGCUCAGAAGUUCGAUCUCAAUAGGUACAACGAGCUCCGAAAGAUCUGUUACCCGUUUACCGACGAAGAAGAGGUUGAAAGCCCCGGUAUCUCGUUCUCGAGCAGUCGUUCUGAGUUUGAUGGUAAAGUUGGGAAGGUCUGUUGAUCUUGAAGGGGCGGCUAUGCGUGGUUUGUGUUUUUUUUUUUUUUUUACUUAACAAAAGAAAUUGAAAAAAAGAAGAAGAAACAAAGAAACUAACAGCUAUUACUGCUAUUAAACAGAACGAAACCACAAUUUUGUGACGACCUAGAAUCCCUUUUUUCCCACCCUUUCAAAACCAACCUCCUUCCUACCUGACAUGAUGACCCUUUAGAAUGUGUAGUUUGCGGGAAACCCUGUAACAAAGUGAAGAGUGUUUUCUUUUCUUAUUGAUGAAAUAUAUGAUCAGAAGCAAA